AUGACGGCUGUAACCCCCUCAAGUUCGCCCGCAACUGCACAUCGUCUGCCCUCCGACCGGGAUACGGCAUCCCCCUUCUGGACCGAAGGACUUCCACCCUCUCUCGAGGAGCAUACAAAGAGGCUCUUUGUUGAGUACUCCAAGAUCCCGGAAGAAAAGCUGGAGCAGCACCUCGACGAAGCUCCGCGGCAGCGUAGGAAAGCGUGGAAUUACUGUCCCUACCCAUGCAUUGGCCUUUGGUUGUUUCUAAAGUUGCAGCUGAGAAACAACAAGGAGUUUGACGAAGCCGUUCGGCGCACGCAGCAGGGCCACAAGCUGCUCGACUUUGGCUGCGCGAUCGGCCAGGACCUGCGGAGCCUGGCCCACGCAGGGGCUCCGCUGACCAUGCUGUACGGCGCGGACCUCGUGGACAAGUUUUUCGACGCCGGAUUCGUCUUGUUCAAGGACGCCGAUUCGGGAAUCACCUUUCGCCAAGCGAAUGCGCUCGACCAGAACGCGCUGCAAGAGUGGCACGGGCAAUUCCCAAUCGUCACCUGCAACUACGUGCAGCACUGCUUCAGCAUAGAGGACCAGGAGACAUUCGCCGCCCUGAUUCUCAAGCUGCUGUCCGGCGGGCCGAACGACUUGUUGUUUGGACGAACGGGCGGGACCAAGCUCGAGGCGCGUCGCGAGGUAAUACACGGCGACCAGAGGUUUUACCGGCAUUCACAGACGAGUUUCAAACAGUUCUGGGAGCGCAUGGUGGCAAAGUUUGGGAGGAAAGCAAGCGUGGAGACGUGGAUUGACGAUGCCCCGGCGUUCGAGCUGAAAGGAGAGGCCAAGGACAAGUUCGAGCCAGUGAGGAAUCUUAUGUAUGCGAUCCGGUUUACUUAG